AUGGCGGGCAAGAUGGUGCUAUACAAAUUGGUGGUGCUAGGAGAUGGUGGCGUAGGAAAAACGGCUCUUACAAUUCAGCUUUGCUUGCAGCAUUUCGUCGAAACGUACGACCCGACCAUUGAGGACUCGUACCGCAAGCAAGCCGUGAUAGACAAUCAAGCCUGCAUGCUGGAGGUGCUCGAUACGGCAGGGCAAGAAGAGUAUACCGCGCUCCGAGACCAGUGGAUCCGCGAUGGCGAAGGCUUCGUCCUUGUCUACAGCAUCUCGUCCCGAUCGUCCUUCACGCGCAUCAAGCGGUUCCACCACCAAAUCCAAAGGGUAAAGGAGUCAACAGCCUCGUCCCCGUCAUAUCCAGGCUCACCGAUCUCGGCGGUCAACCCGUCCGCGCCCGUCCCCAUCAUGCUCGUGGGCAACAAGAGCGAUCGUAUCGCCGAGCGCGAAGUCUCGACACAGGAGGGCCACGCGCUGGCGCGCGAACUCGGAUGCGAAUUCGUUGAGGCCUCGGCUAAGAACUACAUCAACGUCGACAAGGCUUUCUACGACGUCGUCCGGAUCCUGCGGCGACAACGGCAGGCCUCAGCGCAGCCACACUCGCCCACGAACAGCAGCAAGUACGAGUCUUCUCGGCGCUCCGACUCAACCGUCCAGCCAGAGAAGGGCCGCCACCGAUGGGAACGUGGCGAGCGUCGCAGGGGAGGUUGUGUAAUCUUAUGA